CCCACAAUAAACAACACAAACAAACAAGUGGCUCCCCCUUCAUUCUCUCUCUUUCUCUAACCAAACAAAACAAAACAAACUCAACCCCAACACGCAAUACACACAAUAACACAUCCUCUCAACAAACUACUCGUGAACACCUCCCUCCCUCUCCCUUCUCCUAACCACCCGGUCCCCCCCCUUUUUCUCUCUCUCCUCCCUUCCCCCCUUAACCCUAACCCACAAACCCACCUCACCUUCAUCCCCCAUUUUCUCUCUCUUCCAUGGCUUCCGAAGAAGACCACCCUAUCUACAACGACGACGACUUUGACGACGAUGACGACGACAGCGAACCCCUCAACGACCCCGGUGCUCCCGACGAUGAUGUCGCCGUUGAUUCCGAAUCUUCUUCCGGCGAAGAAGAUUCCACCGUCGCCGCCGUUGAUUCCACCGCUGUUACCGUCGCUAUUCCUUCUUCCGUUUCUGCUGCUGUUCCUGCUCCCAACAACAACUCUGCUAAUGCUGUUACCAUUGCUUUGCCUGAUCCCAAACGACACCGUGUUGAUCCUCUCUCGUCGUCGUCUUCGUUGGCGGUUUCGCCGGUUGUGAAUCCUGAGAAGAAGCCGAUCGAUGAUUCUAGAAGGCUUUUUCAGAGGUUAUGGACUGAUGAAGAUGAGAUCGAGCUUCUUCAAGGGUUUCUGGAUUAUACCUCGAGUCGUGGUACGACGUCGUCUGGUCAUCAUCAUGAUACGGCGGCGUUUUAUGAUCAGAUCAAGUCCAAGCUGCAAUUGGAGUUUAAUAAGAAUCAAUUGGUGGAGAAAUUGAGGAGGUUGAAGAAGAAGUAUCGGAAUGUUAUUAGUAAGAUGAGUUCUGGAAAAGAAUUUGUGUUUAAGAGUCCUCAUGAUCAGGCUACUUUUGAGCUUUCUAGCAAGAUUUGGAGUAAUAUUUCUCCGAAUUUUCGCGGUGUUGCUGAAUUUGAUGAUGACGAUCAAAACCCUAACCCUAACCUUAGCACCAAUUUCGCAUCCGCUACUCCGCCACGCCCGCCGAAUAGCAGCUUUGUUAUCAGCCAUAUCAAUCUCAACAAUAGUGCUGGUGGUGGAGGAGGAGGAGGCACGGUUUCGACACCGAUGAUGGUUGAUCAUAAGGCAGGUAGCAGUGGUAGUUAUAAUAACAGUCGUAGUCAUACUAAUGCUAAUAAUAAUAGUAAUGUUGCUGGUUUUGAUAUUAUGAUGUCGAAUUUGCAUAGUCCUGCUGCGAAAUUGUCGUCGAGGAAGAGGCCUAGGGUGGGGAAGGUUGAGGAUAAGUAUGUGAGAAAUGUGAAUUUGGGGGGAAUGAUUGGUGGUGAGGGUGGUAAUUUGAUUGAAAAUAGUAAUAAUAAUAAUAAUAGCAACAACAAUAAUAAUAAUAUUACUAGUAGUAGUAAUGUCAAUCUUGGUUCAACAAUGCAGGGGUUGAUAGAGGAGGCUGUGAGGAGUUGUUUGUCGCCCAUGGUUAAGGAUAUGGUGAAUAAUACGGUGAAUGGAACGGUGUUUGGAGGCAGUAGUGGUGGGAUUAAGGGGGUCGGGGCAUUGGCAUUGAACGCGGUUCCCCUGAAUUUUUCAGGGGUGAAUUCGGUUGGGGGUAGUGGUGGGGAUGUAAUGGAUGAGAAGUGGAGAAAACAGCAAAUAUUGGAGCUUGAGGUGUAUUCAAAGCGUUUGGAAUUGGUUCAAGAUCAAAUUAAGUUGUCAUUGGAUGAGCUCAGAUCAAUGGGGAGUUAAAAUUCUGUAUCAGGGUGAUCGGAGUAGGUUAGUUGAUGUGGAUUUGUGAGUUUCUCUAAUUUAUUUUUCCUGUUUGAUCAAUGAUCGAAUAUCAAUUUGGCUGAUUAUAUAUGUGUAGGUAGCAAAUCCGAGAUCAUAGUUUUUUUCUGUUUUUUUUUUCCCCUUCUUUUAGUUUGACAUAAAAGAGAGCUGUUGAAUAAUGUUAAUUCAAUGUGUGUAGCUCUUUGCUCAACUCAAUUUUAUGUAUAACAAUGAUUUGAAUAGAGAAGGCGGGAUUCAUAUUGACGUAUUCUGGAAGUGGUGGUUUGCUUGAGGGUUUGUUUUCAGCUUUCUGUAUAGUUAUUUAAUCGCACAAUUUCAUACA